UAGACUUAACUGCGUAAGUGAUAGCUUAGUUUUAAUGCCGUUUGCACAUACGAAAAAUUCAAUGUUAUGGUUCUGUAAUGGAUAAACCGUGUGAAAAUAAGAUUAUUAGACUAAACCCGUUAAAAGACGACAAUGAAAAAACCAAACUAAGUUUUUUACUAAUAUUCGUGCCGUGGAGCUUUAUCCGUGUAAGCCUGUAUCUGCUUCAAAAUUUCCAUGAAAUUGAAAAUGUUACGAUGAGCAGACCUGAACUUAGCAUUACGUGCAGGUACGAUCGCCAGUACUCUACAUAUCAGCCCACAAGUCCGGGGGAAAGUGUGAGUCAUCUAAGUAACUGGCACAAAUGUAGUCAAAAAGUUCAUUUGAAAAUUAUGAAAAUCAUAUAUAUUUUUAUUGAGUUCUUCAUUAAGUGAUUAUAAUUAAUUACAAUGUCAAGCUCAGAUCAAUCAAUGGGAUUCGAACCAUGGCUAAAAGAGAAUCAAACAAUUAGAUAUGCAGCGGCGUUUAUAACGUUGCUUAUUAUGUGUAUUGGAAUUGUAGGUAAUAGUUUAACUAUAUUAGUAAUACUAAAAAGUCCACGGAUUCGAAAUGUAGCUUCUGCAUUUAUUAUCAGUUUAGGUGCAGCUGAUUUGUUAUUCUGCAUAGCCGUAUUGCCAUUCAAUGCUUCAAGAUUCUUAAAUAUUAAUUGGGUACAAUACCCAAUACUAUGUUCAAUGGUACCAUUUUUCCAAUACGGAAAUAUCGGUAUAUCACUGCUAUUUAUUACUAUGAUAACCAUAAAUAGGUACAUAAUGAUCGUUCAUUCAAGCUUAUAUAGUAUAGUAUAUCGUCCAAUAUGGAUAACUUCCAUGAUAAUACUUUGUCUGAUUAUUUCAUUUGGCAUGCUGGUACCUACCCUUUUAGGUAAAUGGGGUAAAUUUGAAAAUGAUCCAAAGUUAGGUUCAUGUUCAAUAAUAUCAGAUGAAUCUGGUCGAUCUUCGAAAUUUGCACUUUUUAUCACUGGGUUCAUCAUACCGUGUAUUGUAAUUGUUUGCUGUUAUACUAGUAUAUUUUGGGUUGUCCGUAAGUCAGAACAACGAAUGCGAAAACAUCAAUUAUCCACCCAAAGUGAUCCAACAGUCACAAAUAUGCAGUCAAUAAAAAGAAAACUCAGUGAAUGGAGGAUAACUAAAAUGGUGUUGGCUAUAUUUUUAUCAUUUGUACUUUGCUAUUUACCAAUUACAAUCACAAAAACCUCAGAUCCAGAUGUCCAAUACCCAGCUCUUCUCUUGAUUGCAUAUAUUAUGGUUUACGCGUCAGCAUGCGUCAAUCCAAUCAUAUACGUCAUAAUGAAUAAACAGUACAGAAAAGCAUUUGAAUCAGUUCUAAGUGUUGGAUGUUGUGAAAAAGCUACAAAACGAGUACCUGUUUUGAGAUCCAUAUCGAAACGUCUACAGCCACACGGAAAAAAUCAAGAAGACCGUGGAUUUGGGACAACUGUAUCACAUGUGUCAUCAAUUGCUCUGGAAUCAUUGGAUUACAAUAACCGGAUUUCGAGGAUAGCUUAAUUGAACAUAAUUUUACUGAAAAUCAUUUUUAUAUUUUACAAUUUUAGGAUUUUAAGUAUUCUUUUUAAUGCAAAUAAAUGCCUAACAAUAUUAUAUUCAAUGAAAAUAACAAGAACUGCCUAGUAUACCGGAUACCUAGUCUAAAAAACCAAACAUACCUAACAUAUGUACCUAUUAUUACGUCAUUAAACUUGGAUAUGCGGAUUGUACGCAAAUUCGGUUUGUACACUUUAAAAUUCGCGUUCACGAAAUGUCAGUCGGUCUUCGUUCCAACCCACAAGUGCACAAUUUUUGUUGUUUUGUUUUUGAUUCAAUAAAUAUUGCAUUAUAUUAUUGUAGACAUAUUGUUUGGUCCUUAAUAACGUAGGUAUAUUGCUUAACGUAAACAUAAUUUUGUGGUUUGAUUUAAAUAAAUGUAUUAUUCAAACAUACAUUAUAAUAAUGUAAUAAUAAUAAUAACGGUCAGAUAAUUGAAUAAACUACAAUAAUUAAAGUUUAAUCAGUGUGUAGAUACAACGAAAUUAUAUACGAUUACAUCGAUGUAUAUCGAAUAUACCGCGUACGUCGCUCCGUAGACACAUAGCUUAAGUGUUAAAGUUUUGUCCGUUGUAAGCAACACAUACUGUGGCUCAGUAGGUUCCCCAAACGUAGGUUGUUAGGUAGGACCGAAUUCAAAUCCGUCAGUAACGCUCUUCGGGUGGCGACUGACUGUGCCCUAUGGUAUAUCACGGCCGCCCGUAAUUCGACUUUUUUUGCAUUUUUUUUUCGAUGUUAUUUUCACGUUAUUUUUCAUAUACAUAAUAUUAUAAUAUACAUGUUAAUAUUUAUUGGUUAAUAUUACAUUAUAUGGCUGUAUAUUAUAUUAUAUUAUAUACCUAUAUGUUAUUUAAAUUAUUAGGAAUUUGACACAUAUUAUUUUCUCUAAAUUGUCAUUAUUAAAUUAUACCAUACAUUGUCUUUGUUUUAUUUUUCGUAAAUUAUUUCGAAUGUUGUGUGAUUGGGUUUUUAAAAAAUACUAUUUUUUCUCUUCACUUAUAGCCGCUAGACGUCGGGUCUGCAAUCCACCGCAGGUGGAUUGCCUACCUGAUUUGCUGCAGCACAUGGUCCGCUAUCCGAUGAAGUCGGAUAGCCUACCUAGGCGGCUAACUUGAAAGUUAAUCGAUUUUGACUCGAGAUGACUGACUUACUA